AAUGGAGGUGCGCGGUCCUCGGAGGAAUCGCAGAUACCUGUCUGAUCUCUAUGAGAACAUGCUGCGGGCUCAAGACACAGCAGGACGAGGACAGGAGCAGCCCUCAGUGGUACAUCCGAGCAGCAGCCCAUGUCUUGUGAGCCGUGCCCCAGUCAAGGUGGCGGCCCAGCCUCAUCAGCCGCAGAGCAGCACUUCCAGCAGCUGUGAUCCAGCACUGCGGCCUAUCAUCCGCCGCCGAGCAAGGUCUUUGCCUACAACACCUGAAAGAAGGAAGCGAGUGCAGUGUCAAGCUCCUGUGUGCCAGAGUCGCAUGAACAAGGUGAGAUUUGCUGAUGCUCUGGGCUUGGAGCUGACUGAAGUCAAAGUCUUCCAGAAAGGGGAGGAUCCUUCAAUUCCCCUACAUGUCCUUUCCAGGCUCUCCAUAAAUUCAGACCUCUGGUACAGCAACUUGGAGUUUACCAUGCAGUGCUUAGUCCCUGAUUUCCAGCAGCCUGCAGACUGCAUGGAUUUCUCUACCCGACUUCAGGAGCAACAGGUGUGUCUUGAACGAGUGAGCAGUUCAGAUCUGGGGGUCAGUGGCACCAUCCAAGUUUGCAACAUUGCUUUUGAGAAGCAAGUAUCUGUGCGAUACACCUUCAACCAGUGGAAAAGUCUCCAUGAAGUAUGUGCUCAUUGGCACAGUAGCAUCUCUGAGAAAAACGAGCAGGAUCAAGUUGAUGUUUUCACAUUUUUUCUCCCUGUGCCUUCUUUCCUCCUUCAGCUGUGCUCUGUAGUCCAGUUUGCAGCAAGAUAUCAAGUCAAUGGGCAGGAAUAUUGGGAUAACAACAAAGGCAAAAACUACAGCCUCACUUGCCGGACUCACCCCCUCAAGAUGCCUAGAGAAUGCGAGGAGAGCUGGAUCCACUUCAUCUGAAUGAAGGAAAGUGGAUGCAGGACAGCUUUGCAGUAGUCUCAGCAGCCCUUUCUUGUGUGGCAUUGCUCUGUGCUCCUUUUUGAAGCCUACCAAACCUGGCAGAGUUUCACAGCAGGCAGGUAGCCAACGAACCGGACGUACUGUUCUAAACCUCUGAAAGUAUUAAGGGCCAAAAUGUGUAGAGCUACAUCUGCUGAAAGCCUGGGUGGUUUCUUGUAAUG